AUGAAGACCGCUAUUGCUUUGACUGCCGUCGCGGCCGUUGCCAACGCCCAGCUGGCCCGUUUCUGCGAUCAAUAUGGCAACUGGCAACAGGGUGCCUACUCGGUCAGUAACAACCUCUGGGGCAAGGAUUCCGGCUCCGGCUCCCAAUGCACUCAAGUGAACUCGGCCAACAACGGGGUCGCCUGGUCCACCACCUGGAACUGGAGCGGUGGUAACUCCAACGUCAAGUCCUACGCCAACUCGGGCAUCUACUUCAACAAGAAGCUCGUCAGCCAAGUCAGCAGCAUUCCUACCUCCGUCUCCUGGACCUACGGUAACACCAACAUCAACGCCGAUGUCUCUUACGAUCUGUUCACUGCCGCCGAUAUCAACCACGUUACCUACAGCGGUGAUUACGAGCUGAUGGUCUGGCUCGCCAAGUACGGCCCUGCUCAGCCCAUCGGUCAACAGAUCGCCACUGCCAAUGUCGAUGGCCGCAACUGGGCUCUCUGGUACGGUGCCAACGGUUCCCAGAAGACCUACAGCUUCGUCGCCUCCUCCCCUAUCAACUCCUACUCGGGCGAUAUCAAGCACUUCUUCGACUACCUCACCCAGCACCAGGGCUUCCCUGCCAGCUCCCAGUACCUGAUUGAUGUUCAAUUCGGUACCGAGCCUUUCACCGGCGGCCAGACCACUUUUGACGUCUCCCACUGGUCCGCCAGCGUCUACUAA